AUGUUCGCCUCAAACCCCACUCCUCUCCCGUCUUUAGAGCGAUCGGUAUGGGCCAAAACGAGAAACGACCAGGACGUUGACAUCUCAUUAAGAAUUUCUGCCGUCGGAUACACCCACCACCGUCGAUUGCUUGCCAAGUGUCAUAUCCAGUCCUCGUCAGAUGGAGAUCGCGAUUAUCUAGGCUUGUUCUUAUCUUCAAACUUAUCGUUCUCGUGUCCAUUUUUCCCUUACCAAAGCGUCUCUUUCUCUGCAAAUUGUUCUCAGUUCAAGAACUUCAAAAGGUGCACCUUUUCAAACGUAUGUGCAUAUUAA